CAGCUGAGUGUUCUUGGAUUUGUUCAGAUAAGAGAAAAAUGGCAGCUGCAUUGAAACUUAUGUGUGUUAUGGGAUUGAUUGUGCUCAUCAGCAUUUUGGCGAUAGGAAAUGUUGCUGCAGCAGGGGAAUGUGGGAAAUCGUCUCCUGAUAAUGAGGCACUGAAGAAAGCUCCUGUUUCAGCCGCUUGCUGCGCCAAGGUGAAGAACAUGGGUCGAAAUCCGAGCUGUCUCUGCGCCAUUUUACUAUCCAACACCGCUAAAGCUUCCGGAAUUAAGCUCGAGAACGCCAUAUCCAUCCCUAAACGCUGCAACUUCGCCAACCGUCCCGUCGGGUACAAAUGCGGACGUGAGUCAUGAUUUUCCAUUGUUCCAUUUUUUUUACACUUCCAUUUCCGAGUUCUUACAUCACAACCGUUUGUUUUGCAGCUUAUACGCUUCCUUGAAGUGGAGAUUUGGGGACUGGAAA